AUGGUAGGAGAAGCAGAAUCUGGUAAAACGAUGGAGAAAGAGAUGGAAGUAGGAGAAGAAGAGAUGGAAGUCGAAGAAGAUGCACCGAAAUCCAGAGAUAUCCGACGACACUUUUGCAAAUACUGUGGAAUUUGCCGAUCCAAGAGGGCUCUCAUCGCCUCUCACAUCCUUUCCCAUCACAAGGAAGAGAUGAGCGAGGAAGAUUCAGAUGGAGAAGGGAAAGAGGAGAAAUCCAAUACUUGUGAGGAAUGCGGGGCUAGCUUCAGGAAGCCGGCAUAUUUGAAACAGCACUUGCUGAGUCACUCGCUUGAGAGGCCAUUUAGGUGUCUGGUGGAAGAUUGCCAUUCGAGUUAUCGGCGAAAAGAUCACCUGACUCGGCAUUCCCUCCAGCACGAAGGGAAGCUUUUUGAAUGUCCAAUUGAGAGUUGUAGCAUGGAGUUCAUGUAUCAAGGCAAUGUGAAUAGGCAUAUUGAACUUAUGCACAGUGAAUCAUCCAAUGACGUUGGGGGCGCAAAGCAAUGUGUUUGUGAGGAGCCUGGUUGUGGGAAGGCCUUCAAAUAUCCAUCGAGGCUUAAAAAACAUCAGGAUUCUCAUGUGAAGCUUGAUUCUGUUGAAGCCAUGUGCUUAGAACCGGGCUGCAACAAGCAUUUCUCGAACGAAAAAUGCCUGAGAGCCCAUAUCCAGACAGCCCACAGGUACAUGAAUUGUGAGAUUUGUGGUGCGAAGCAACUGAGGAAGAACAUCAAGAGACAUCUGAGAAGCCACGAAGCAGGCAGCGAGACAACAGAGCGGGUUGCGUGUCACCAUGAAGGCUGUAGUCUCACGUUUUCAUCUAAAACUAAUCUCAACCAGCAUGUGAAGGCUGCUCAUCUCAACGUCAAGCCUUUUGGCUGCAGUUUCCCUGGCUGUGGCAUGAGAUUCUCCUACAAGCAUGUUAGGGAUAAUCACGAAAAAUCCGGGUGCCAUGUCUACUCUUGCGGCGAUUUUCAGGAAUCUGACGAGCAGUUCCGAUCAAGACCUAGAGGCGGGAUGAAGAGGAAAUGUCCGACCGUUGAGACCCUCUUGACCAGGAAGAGAGUUUCUCUGCCACCAAACUUCGACUAG